AUGGUCGCCCCCUCCCACCCCAAAAUCACAAUCCUCAAGAGGAACAGGACAGAUGUCCACCUCUCAGAGAACAAGUUUCUCAAAAAAACAGCCCGGGGAAAGGUCAUGAAUGUGCUGCGUGAGCGCUAUGUUCGUGACGAUAUCCCUUGUGGCUUUGAGGACUGCCAGCUGUGUGAAGACUUUCCCGGAUUCAAGCGCGUCUUGCCCCGAAAUGGUUACUCUCGACACGCCAAGUUCGGUGGCCAUUGGUUGGUCAUCGACACCAAUAUCGUCCUCCAUCAAAUGGAUCUCUUGCAGUCCCUCCCUGCCGACCUUCCCCUAUUGAUCCCAUCCACUACUAUUCGUGAAACCCGACAUCGCUCUCUUCCUCUGUACAAUCGCCUCCAACAGCUUAUCCAGGAUGAGGAUCGUAUCAUCUGGGUGUGGUGGAACGAGGAGCGUCGAGAGACCGCCACUGUGCGAGAAGUAGACGACGAAAACGUCAGGGAAAAGAUCAACGACCGUAACGAUCGUGCGAUCCGACAGACCGUCUCAUUCUACAAUGAGCACCUCUUGCAUUCCACCACUUCUCCACCUUUGCUCAUCCUCCUCACCGAUGAUGCUGCCAACAGGGCUCUUGCAGCCGAAGGUGGAAUUCACGCUGUCAGCACAAAGGAGUAUGUCGACGGAAUGGAGACGGAAGAACGAGGGAGAUUAGUGGAUCUUGUCGUCGGUGGUGUAGACGAGGUGGAAACCGCCGAAAAGAGGAGCAAGAGGGUUUAUCCUGAUUAUCUCCCCCAAGACACUCUAAUCGCCGGCGUCAAGACUGGCCGAUUCCAGCAGGGUCAUUUCAACGCCAACCAGUACAACUAUCUCGAAGGUACUGUCAAUAUUCCCGGUCUCAACAGACCUGUUCUUCUUGUUGGCAGGAAAAAUAUGAACCGAGGUGUCAAUGGCGAUGUUGUCGUUGUCGAAAUCUUUCCAGAGAGCGAGUGGAAGGCGCCCGGAGAGGAAGUCGUCGACCAAGACUUGGCUCUUCGAGAUGACGAUGUGGAAGAUGACGAGUUUGGUGGCGUCCCCGACAAGGAAAUUCAGAAGGAGAAGAGCGAAGCCCUCGAAACUCAAGACGCCAAGAAGAACAAGAAAGAUAUCCUUCCCACUGGUCGGGUUGUUGGCAUUGUGAAGCGCAACUGGCGUGCCUAUGUCUGUCAUCUCGACAGGUCCUCUCUCUCCGACUCGGCAUUCACUUCGCUCGCCCAACAGACCGUCUUUGCGACGCCCCUCUCAAGAGCUCUGCCCAGAAUUCGACUGAGGACUCGCCAGGCUCCCCAAUUACUCGAUCAAAAGAUUCUCGUGACUAUCGACAAUUGGUCUAUUGCCUCUAGGUACCCCGACGGUCACUUUGUUCGAGCUCUUGGUAAAGUCGAGUCGAAGGAGGCAGAACAGGAAUCUCUUUUGCUUGAAUAUGAGGUCCCCUACCGACCUUUCGGCAAAGCUAUUCUCAACUGUCUUCCUAUCGAGGGUGACCAAUGGGUCGUGCCUCCCAAGAACCCAGACAGCUUGGAAUGGAGAGACCGAGAAGAUCUGAGAGGUUUGGAUAUCUGCAGUAUCGACCCGCCUGGAUGUCAAGAUAUCGAUGAUGCCUUGCAUGCAAAGAGGCUGCCUAAUGGCAACAUUGAGGCCGGUGUCCACAUUGCCGAUGUGUCCCAUUUUGUCCACCCCGAUAACCCCAUGGACAGCGAAGCCGCCUCCCGAGGCACAACAGUCUACCUCGUCGACAAACGUAUUGAUAUGCUUCCCGCGCUCCUUGGUACCAACCUCUGUUCAUUGCGGCCGUUUGUGGAGCGAUUGGCGUUCAGUGUGAUCUGGGAGUUGAAUGAAGAUGCGGAGAUCGUGAAUGUGAGGUUUGUGAAGAGUGUAAUUGCUUCCAAGGAGGCUUUCACCUAUGAGGCCGCGCAGCUGCGCAAGGACGACAAAUCCCGGAACGACAAUCUCACCAACUCCAUCCGUCUUCUCAACACCCUCGCUAUCAAACUGAAAGCGGCCCGUAUGCGAGCUGGUGCCCUCUCCCUCUCCUCCCCCGAACUCAAAAUUCACCUCAACUCUUCUGAAUCUGCCGAACCCAUUGACGUCGAACAGAAGGAGCAGCGUGAGACCAACAGUCUCGUUGAGGAGUUCAUGUUGUUGGCAAACAUCAGUGUGGCUGCCAAGAUUCAGGAGACGUUCCCCGCGACUGCUGUCUUGAGGAGGCAUUGCCCGCCGCCAAAGACAAACUUUGAAGUGUUGCAAGAUAUCUUGGAGAAGAGGAAGGGGAUGGGUUUGGAUGUGUCAAGUUCAAAGGCAUUGGCCGAUUCUCUCGAUGCUUGUGUGCUGGCCGGCGAACCGGAAUUCAACACCCUUGUCCGAAUUAUGGCUACUCGUUGUAUGUUGUCCGCCGAGUACUUCUGUUCAGGAAGCGUCUCCAAAGAGACCUACGGCCAUUACGGUCUUGCCUCUCACAUCUACACUCAUUUCACUUCUCCCAUUCGUCGAUACGCCGAUGUUCUUGCCCACCGUCAGCUCUCCGCGGCUAUCAACUAUACUCCCCUCCACCCAUCAUUACAGUCCAAAUCGCACGUUGAGAGGAUUCUGAACGUGGUGAACAAGAGGCAUAGGUUGGCACAGAUGGCCGGACGGGCGAGUGUCGAGUUCUAUGUGGGAUUGGCGUUGAAAGGAAAGGGAGAUGGUAUUGGACAGAAGAGGAGGGAGGAGGCGUUUGUCAUCAGGACGUUCAGAAAUGGGUUGGCAGUGUUUGUCUCCAAACUCGGUCUCGAAGGCCUCAUCACAUUCCAGAAAGAGCUGCACACUUACGAUGCCGAAAACUACACCAUCUCUGUCCCCAAGGAUGGCAAAGACGUGGAAAUCGCCGUUUUCGAUAAGGUGACGGUAGACAUCUCUAUCGAAAAGGAUGAGAAUACGCAGCGAGGAAAGGUCGUGAUGGUGCUUGUUGGGCCAGUCAAUUCUGAGGACUUGUAA